AUGGCUCCUUCAGCAGAGGCCAGCGGCACUGGCGACAGCGCCCGCGCCAACGGCCAGACCAAUGGCCAGGCCAGCACUUCCGACUUUUCCUAUCCUCCCGUGAUCGAGCCUGGCACACCUUACAAGGUUCUGCCGCAGUACCACUCUAAGCCCACUAAGUUGCGCGUUGCCUGUAUCGGCGCCGGCGCCACCGGUCUCUGUCUCGCAUACAAGAUGGAGAGGCAGCUCGUCCCCGAGAGCUGGGAGUUGACGCUCUUCGAGAAGAACCCUCACUUUGGCGGUACUUGGUACGAGAACACAUAUCCUGGCGUCGCCUGUGAUAUUCCUUCCCAUCUGUACACCUUCUCUUGGGACCCCAACCCCAACUGGUCUCACUACUUCGCCUACGGUGAUGAGAUUCAGCGCUACUUCGAGGGCUUCGCCGAGCGGCAUGGCUCCAAGAAGUACAUGAAGCUCAACACCAAAGUCGUCGAGUGCCGCUGGGACGAGCCCAAGGGCCUGUGGAGCAUCACGCUCGAGGACCAGGUCACCAAGGACACCUGGCAGGACUGGUGCCACGUCCUCGUCAACGGUACCGGUAUCCUGAACAACUGGAAGUGGCCCGAUAUCGAGGGCCUCCACGACUUUGCCGGCCCCAAGAUGCACUCGGCCGCCUGGGACCACUCCGUCUCCUUCGAGGGCAAGAACGUCGGCGUCAUCGGCACCGGCAGCACCAGCGUGCAGAUCGUGCCGUCCCUGCAGAAGGUUUCCGACAAGGUGCAGGUGUUCAUGCGGUCCCCGACCUGGAUCUCGCCCCCCUUCGGCGGCGGCGUCCUCGAGAAGGAGCUCCGCAAGGGCGGCGGCUCGUCGGAGCCGGGCCACCGCCAGUACACCUUCACCGAGGAGGACAAGAAGAAGUUCCGCGAGGACCCCGAGUACUACCUCAUGUUCCGCAAGCAGAUCGAGGCCGAGAUCAACUCGCUCUUCGGCAUGUACCAGCAGGGCUCCGAGAUGUCGAACCAGUUCCGGAAGACCAUCCAGGAGGAGAUGGAGAGGCGCAUCGGGCCCGGUCACGAGGAGCUGAAGAAGUUCAUCAUCCCCGACUGGUCCCCCGGCUGCCGCCGCAUCUCGCCCGGCGACGGCUACCUCGAGGCGCUCGUCAAGCCCAACGUCAAGACCGUCUUUGGCGGCAUCAAGAAGAUCGUCCCCGAGGGCAUCGUCACCGAGGACGGAGAGGUGCAUAAGAUGGAUAUCCUGGUGUGCGCUACCGGCUUUAACGUCGCUUUCCGGCCCGCCUUUAAGCUUGUCAACGGCGAAGGAAAGAGCCUCAACGAGGACUGGGGUGAGGGUGUCAACCUGUACCUCGGCGUUUCGGCCCCGCGCUUCCCCAACUACUAUACUAUCGUGGGCCCUGGUGCGACUUGGUCAUCCGGCACGCUGCUGCCCUCGAUCGAGACGACGGUCGAGUACUCAAUCAAGAUGAUGAAGAAGAUCCAGCAUGAGAACAUCCGCUCCAUCGACGUCAAGCAGGAUGCGGUGGAUGACAUCUACGGCCACUUUGACGAGUUCCACAAGACCACAGUGUUCCAGGAGAACUGCAGGAGUUGGUUCAAGGACGGCAAGAUCAAGAACCGCAUCUACCUCUGGCCCGGCUGCACCAUCCACUUCCUCAAGACCAUCAAGGACCCGCGCUUCGAGGACUACAACAUCCGGUACCGGUACCCUAACCGGUUCGCGUUCCUGGGCGACGGCGAGGUCAAGGCCAACACAACGAAUGAUGUCCGCGGUCUGAGCACGUACGUGCGGAACAGCGACCACGACUGGAGCGUCGAGUAA